AAGAGGGGGAGAGAGAGAGAACGAGGGAGAGCGAGGGGAGAGAGCACAAGAGGAGGAGGGGAUUAUUGACACGCAGCCUGGAGCAUCAGACCAAGCACACAGAGCCCAGCCUCCUACUUCUCCUCCUCGCUCGCUCACUCACUUUCAUCAAACCCCUCAGUGUGUUUUUCCAGAACAGAAGCGCCAUGGCACACGGCGCGGGGGAGGUCGACGACGGAUGGAGAUAUAGAGGGAAGAGGGCAUCACUCGGGGUGAUGCAGCAGUAGAACUGGUAAGCUGAGACAGCGCUACAACUAGAAUUACACAAUCUGAGAGGAGGGCUAGCACAGAGCGGACGCCAAACUGAAAUCUAGAGUGGCCACGGACCCUCAUCUCCAUCCGUCUGCCUCGACAACACUUGAACAGGGACCGGGGGUGCCGUUUUUGCAGUAACCCCUCCCCCUCCUCAAUCAUGCAAGCGACCAUCACAGGGCUUGCCAGAGUGACAACAGCAGCAGAACCACAGUUCUCAUAGCCACCUCCCCUUCACCACAGCCAAGGGGACAGCGCCACAGGCAGACGACCAGCGAUGGAGGACUCUCAGGGCCCUGCCCGCAGACUUCCUCAUGUGCGGAGCCGUUACGUGGACUGAAUGCUGGCAGGGCUCCACCUACACCAGGACCCCCUUGCGGAAUCAGAACAUAACCCUCCAUCUGAAUGGCAGUUCAGUGACUGAUGUGGUUAAAGAGCAUGGACUACUUGAAACUCAAUGACAGAAAAGAAGGCCAAAUUAGCUGACCCUGAGCAGCCGUGUGACACAAGACGCCUUAAGGUCCGACGGGGACCAGCGUUUGGGACUGGGAAUGGAAUCCUUCAAUGACAGGAUUCUGCCAUGACACGAUAACAACACUGCAACAUGGCGGCGGGCCCAAACCUCGGAGCGGGAUAGACUUCCAUGGAAGCUGGACAUAAACAUUGGACCUAGAGAUCCAUGCCAAACCCAUCAUCUCCAGGCCUCAGGAGCAAACGACCACUGACUGGAGGAGUGUGGCCCCCACUGGAUCCAACGGUCUCACCCCACCCAAGACAACAUGCAGUGGAGGCGGCGUCACUGCUGCACCUACAUGGCAGGUCUCUUGUAUCUACUCUCCCUGCUAGGAGUGCUGGUCUUUCUGGUCCACCAGGACUGGCUGCCGGGGCUGACAGGCACCCCGUGGAGGACAGGCCAUCCCAUGGACUAUGACAGUGGCGGGCUACACUCCACCAAGGCCAAAGGGAACCUCAGCUCCCGAAGCAGCCUGUGGAGAUUCGUCAUCGAUGCACAGCCCAACUUCAAGACAAACAACAACGUCAGCUCCCUCCAGGAGGAUUCCAACGCCUCACCACAGGACGACCUGGUGCUCAACAUGACACUGAACGCUGAAAAUGCCAGCCAGAGCGCAGAGGGAGGCGUGAGCGGCAGGCUCACCUCCGGGCCAUACCCCUACAUCAUCAACGAGCCAGACAAAUGCCCAGAGGGGGAAGCUCCACCUUUCCUGGUGUUGCUGAUAGCCACAGAGGCUCGCCAGGUGGAGGCCAGGGAUGCCAUUCGACAGACGUGGGGUAACGAGAGUGUGACCCCCGGAAUUGGAAUCGCCCGCUUGUUCUUGCUGGGAGCCAACGAAGGGCAGCUGGGACACCUGCAGCAGAAGAUGCUGGAAGCGGAAAGCCUUCGGCACCACGACAUCAUCCAGCAGGACUUCCUGGAUGCAUACAACAACCUGACGGUGAAGACCCUGAUGGGGAUGAACUGGGUGGCGCGGCACUGCCGGCGGGCCAGCUACGUCAUGAAGACAGACAGUGACAUGUUCGUCAACACAGAGUACCUCAUCCACAAGCUGCUCAGGCCACUGCUCAAGAAGAGAGACUUCUUUACAGGCAACAACAUGAGAGGCUUCGCGCCAAACAGAAACGAGAACAGCAAGUGGUACAUGUCGCAGGAGUUGUACCCCAGCGACAAGUACCCCACCUUCUGCUCUGGGACGGGGUACGUGUUCUCUGGAGACUUGGCGGGCAAAGUGUACAGAGCCUCUCUGAGCAUCCAGCACCUGCACCUGGAGGACGUGUAUGUGGGGAUCUGCUUGGCCAGGUUAGGGUUAGAGCCAGUGCCUCCGCCCAACGAGUUCCUGUUCAACCACUGGAGGGUGUCCUACUCUAGCUGCAAGUAUAGCCACCUCAUCACCUCCCAUGGGUUCCAUCCUAGCGAACUGAUCAAGUACUGGAAUCACCUGCAGAUCAACAAGCACCAUGCCUGCAUCAACUCUUUAAAGGAGAAAAUGGGAAGGCUGCACCAAGGCAGAGCCCACUAACAACACACUCUGGUGGGGAGGGGACUUCACGUUGGUCCAUACAGAUGAAACACUUAUUCGGAUAAGGAUUCCCAUAUAUCCCAGUAAGCAAAUGGAAACCUCAAAACAGAUGGGGUUUUAAAGAAAGAAAGUGGAAGAUGUUAUGCUUUCAAUGAAUAAAAUACAAAAAUGUUUAAACCCUGAUGGCCAACAAAAAAAAAAAGCUGUUCAAGAAGAAAUAAAUGUGCCGUUUUGUUACGAUGCAAGCUUUACGUCCAUCAUACCCCUGUGCUCUCAUGGGCAUGCUCAAGUAAAUCAAUAAAUUCAAACAUCCAUAUUAUCAUGAA